UUUUAGAGCAAAUUUUGGCCAAUUGUCUGAGAUGAAUUUACCCAACGAACCGCAGCUAAACUGUUAAAUUGAAAAUGCCGCGCUGUUACCUGUGCAACUGCAGCUUCGCGGACGGAAAGGUGUACGAGCACAUGUUCGAAAAGCGCUGCAGUGCGUCGGGCGACGAGCAACAAACCCUGGCCAACAUCUUGGCCAUGGUGCUGGGCUAUCAGCUGCAAGAGGAUCAGUUGCACUCGACGUUCGUGUGCAGCACCUGCAAGGUGAGCCUGCUCAACUAUGAGGAAAUGGAGCGUCAAUUGUUUGCGGCACGUCUGGAAAUAACGGAGCUGCACAAACGCACAGUCCGGCUGUAUGAGGCACGUCUCAAACGGCAGUCAGAGUUCCUCAGUGACGAAAACAGUUUGGAGUCGGACCUGGUCGACGACCUGAUCGAAGAGUGUCCGGAGCCAACGGAUGCGCUUAUGGAUCGUUGCUUUGAGGAAAGCGAACUGCUUGAGCAAUGCUCCGAAGAUAUGAAUCUGAUAGAGCAGUGCUCCGACGAUACGGAUUCCGUGGACAAGUGCUCCGAAACAGAGGACGAGCAAAGCUUCAGCCCGCAGCAGACAGUUGCCGCAGUUGCACGCCCGAACAGCCUGAGCUGCACGUAUUGCGGCAAGACGUUCGCCCGCCGUCAGGGUCUGGAGGAGCACGAGCGCGUCCAUACCGGCGAGCGGCCAUACAAAUGCGCCCUGUGCGGCGCCAGCUUUGCACAGCGUGCCAAUUGGCGCACCCAUCUGCUGACCAUACACCAGAACCAGGCGAACUUCAAGUGCGGCCAGUGCGAGCGCAGCUUCAAGCGCAAACGUCUGCUGGAGAAUCACAUCAAGUCGAAGCACACGCAGCUGCGCGACCUCAAGUGCGAGCACUGCGAGGCGACGUUCACGAAUGCGGUCAACCUGCUGAAGCAUCUGCUGUGCCAUAGCGGCGAGAAGAACUACAGCUGCCAGAUCUGUGGCAAGCAAUUCAGUCGCGCCGAGAAUCGCAAUGUGCAUCAUUUUGUGCACAGCAUACGCAAGCCAUAUGCCUGCAUUGUCUGCGAUGAGGGCUUCAUGCGCAAGCAGCAGCUCCAGCAGCACAUUGUCGAGCAGAAGCAUCCCAAUCCGAAGAUCGUGCGCCGAAAGCCGCAGUUCAGUGCGGCCAACAGCGACAAGCUGCUCCAACGGCCACUGGGCGAGGCCAACAAAUGAAUCCCGACGACUUGGAUGUCCAAGAUCGAAAACAGAACUGAAAACAAGUCAUCUAGCCAACAAGUAUUUAGCCACAAAUAUGUUAUUUCGUUUAUAGGAAAUGCAAAUAUAUGGCACAUUUCAUAGAUA